AAUGUCAAUGAAGUUUGCUCUCAGAAUGUACCCGCAAUUUGGUGAGCUUGUCCCGUGGAAUAAAACAUGACGAUUUGCCAGCACAUCCUGGCUUAUUCUUUGUAUUUUGUCCUCAGCCUGAGGACGACACUGCACACUUACCUGCGUGCAAUCACUGCUCCACAUGCCUUUGUCCAACUUCUCUUGAUGGGAAAAGACUGGUGUUGAGUUUGCUCAGAAAACUAUACAGGGCCACUUCAAUCUCUGCAAAAUUCAAGUACCCAAUUCAAUCAAUAGUGUAACUCUACUAAUUCUCUGGUAAAUUGACUCAGAGAGCAUGGACUUGACUAUCGGAUUGGGAUGAGGAUUUGACAGAAUUCAUUGGACUGUGACGUAAAUCCAGCACAUAAUCCACAGUCCCAUCUGACAUUAAUGCUGAUUUGGGCCGUCAAGGCCUACUGGACUCAGAUCUAGGCCUGGAAAUGGCGGUUUUCUUCAGUAAAUGCAACAGAAAAAUUCAUCUUUUUAACAGCUUUUGCUUCUCGUAGCUUGUGAUUCUUUGGACUGGCUCCAAGCUCAGGGGUUCUUAGAGAGGAACAGGACAGUUGGGCUUACGUGUCUAUUUUUUCUUCAAGUUGGAGAGCUAGUGUUGUUAAGAUGUAUAUUUGGCCAGUUAUCUGUGCAGGCGCUCAUGGGUAGGCUGAACUGAUUCCGCCCUGUUAUAAGCAAUGGGGAGGGCUAGUAAAUGGCUUAGAAGUUUAUUGGGAGCGAAGAAAGAAUCUAAGCAAAAUGUUGCUCCUCCUCCUCCUGCCUUCAAAGAGACUUUUGUGGAUGAAAAUAAGAAGGCUCCCAAGGAAAAACGCAGGUGGAGCUUCAGAAGGUCGGUAAAAGACCAGACUGCAGAGCCAGCAAUAUCAAUUGUGGAACCCAGGCCCUCAUAUCUUUUAGAGACUGAGAGUGAGCAGAGCAAGCAUGCUAUUGCAGUUGCUGCCGCUACAGCUGCUGCUGCUGAUGCAGCUGUUGCAGCUGCCCAAGCAGCUGCGGCUGUUGUCAGAUUAACAAGUACUGGAUGCAACCCUAGCUAUGGAAUUGCUGCCAGAGAGCAAUGGGCCGCUACAAAGAUUCAGACUUCAUUCCGAGGAUAUUUGGCAAGAAGAGCUCUGUGUGCCCUUAAAAGCUUGGUAAAGUUGCAGGCAUUGGUUCGAGGCCACAUUGUGCGAAAGCAAGCAGCUGAAACACUGCGCAGCAUGCAAGCACUAGUUAGAGUUCAAGCCGUGGUCCGCGCCCGUCGAGUCAGAAUGUCUGAAGAAGGGCAGGCAGUUCAGAGGCAGUUGCUUCAAAGGCGCCAACAAGAGUCCCACCAACAGAGAUCUAGUGAUGGAUGGAAUGGCAACACUUACAGCAUGCUGCAGCAUGAAGCCAAGGUACAGAGCAGACAGGCUGCUGCUGUGAAACGCGAGAGAGCAUUAGCUUAUGCAUUCUCACAGAUGGAGAUGGAAAGAAGAUUGGAUGAAAGUGCAAAGAUUGUUGAGGUGGAUACCUGCAGGCCAAAACCAAGUUCCAGCAGGAAGAAGAAUUCAAUCUCAGAAUCUGAAUCAAUGGAGGAAAACAUGCCUUGUACUACAUUUUCAACUCAUUACCCUCGAUAUCAUUCAACUAUUCAAUCUGCCAAGCCUACCUACUCCCCUCCUCAGACUGAAGGACAACUUGCUUCUCCCAUACUUGUUUCUCCUAGCCAGUCAGAGUGUGUGACUGCAUCAGCUUUGCAGGAUUUCAGUCCAAGAACCUUGAGUGCACAAUAUGGGUAUUGUGAAGAUACCACAUUUUCCACGGCAGAGAGUAGUCCACAGUACUUCUCAGCAGCCUCAAAAGCUGAAGUUAGAAGAGGUCCAUUUACUCCAACCAAAUCUGAAUAUGUCGAGAGCUUCUUUCAAGAGUAUUCUGCCUUUCCAAACUACAUGGCUAAUACCGAGUCCUCAAAAGCUAAAGUUCGUUCCCAUAGUGCUCCCAAGCAAAGACCAGAGUCUUCCGAGAAAUUCGCAUUGAUGACAAAGAAAAGAACAUCUUUGCCAAAGUCUGCAGAAAAUAGGCUCAACAUUUUGGGGGCACGGAUGCAAAGGUCUUCCUCUCACGUUGGGGCAACCUGCAAGGGGUAUCUUUUUUCAGGAUCCAUGAUGCUAGAUAGAUCAACAAUGUCUCUGAAAGAUAGUGAAUGUGAUACAGUUUCUGUAAACAAUGGAGAUUACAGAAGAGGCUUGAUGAUGAUUGAGAAUGGAGAGCACCAGAAAAGGCCUUCUCCAGGCAAGCGGCGCUGAUAGAUGAAUUGAUGUCUCAAAAACAACAUUUGCACUCCGCAAGACAAACAGGAAAUGUUUGUGCACUGCCCUUGGGAAGCAAGCUCUGUCAUGAUGUGAUCUGUCAUUUCUAGAUAUGUUGUGCGUUGUGAAAAGUCCAAAUAAGAUACUUUCAUCAAACAAUUUCCUCUAGCCAUAACUGGUUUUAUGCUUAGUUUUCACUGAAAUUUCUGUACCACCAAGAGUCUAACAUUAAUUGAUAAAUGGGAUCUGAUGACAUACUUGAUAAGCGAACUGAUUCUACAUUACCCAGUAUUCUAGUAAUGUGUGGCAAUAGCUUGAAUGUUAUGUUAUCUCUUGGGUUCCUGUGUA